AUGAACUUACCUACAUGCGUGAUUUGUGGUCGUUAUGGUGAAUAUAUUUGUGAUGCGACAGAUGAAGAUGUUUGUAGUCUCAAAUGUCGCGAUAUGUGCCUCUCCAGACGUAAUUCUACCACUCAAGAGCUGCUGGAAAAACAACAACAAGAAGAAGAAGAAUUGAAAUGGUCGGAGGAAUUUCGACGGAGUUUGGGUAUGAAACUCUCAAUGGGAUCAACAAGUGAGACAAUUCUUGACAAUGGAACACAUUCGUGGCCACUUCCACUAUUGGACUUUGAACAAAUACAGGAAAACGCCAUUGGACUGCCCAAGGAACUUGCAAAUAAUCUCAUUGCAAAUAAAUUUAAAAGACCGACACCUGUGCAGAUGCAAGUGAUUCCUUGUGUACUACAGGGACACCAUGUUUUGGUGAGUGCUCCUACUGGAACGGGAAAAACAGCAUCGUACCUGAUUCCAGCAAUUGCUCAAGUCUUACGUGCUAGGGAAAAGAAGGAGGAGAUUAUGGCGUUGGUUCUGGCGCCUGUACGAGAGCUGGCAAUUCAGAUUGAGACGGUGGCCAAGUUAUUGAUGCGGGGCAUUUUUGAUAUGAAGACGGCGUUAGUAGUUGGUGGGUUUCCCAUUCCGACGCAACGUUAUCGUCUUCAAAGCGGAAAUCAGUUGAUUGUGGCUACACCUGGUCGAUUCUUUGACAUCUUUACAAAUUACAGCGGCGGUGACGCGAUUCUUUCGACUAUUCGAACCUGUAUAAUUGAUGAGGUGGAUAUCAUGCUAGACGUUGGCUUUCGAGCACAGAUUACGCAGAUUGUGGCGCUGUUUGCUGCAUUUACUGGGAAACACCACAAUGGCGUCCAACUGCUUUUCUUUAGCGCGACCAUAUCGGACGAGGUUGAAGCGUUGGUGCGGCAGGUUUUAAAAAUCCAAAGCAAACAAGCUUACCUUCGCGUUGAUGUUCGAAGUGGCUGCGUGACAAGUUCUGGGACACCGAGUAUAGCGUUAAAUACGAGUGUUAAGCAGCAACUCCGAUGGGUGGUAGACAAAGCAAAGAAGGACGAGUUGUUUAAGUUUUUGAAAGGAAGAGGAGAAGAGUCGACGAUCGUCUUUGUAGGAUCAAAGCUCGGUGCGACUUUGCUAGCAGAAGCGAUCGCAAAGCGUUGUGGAAUUGGUGCAGCGGCGAUUCACGCCGAUAAAGCUCAGCAAGAAAGACUUCGUCUGCUAGAGGCUUUUGUGAAUUUGGAAAUUCCUGUUCUCGUGUCCACAAAUGUGCUGAGCCGAGGCAUGGAUUUGUUAAACGUUGAGAACGUGGUGGUGUAUGACUUUCCCAAGAAAAUUACGGAGUACGUUCAUCUUAUUGGUCGUACCGGACGUGGAGGCGAUGUGGCUGGAAACGCUCUCACGCUCGUGAAUCUGGAAGACCGUUCGCUUUUCCGGGAGCUUGUCCCUUUAUUGCGUCAGGCUAAAGUACCAGUGCCCCGAGAAGUGUAUCAGAGCAUUCAUUCUGAAGAUACCAAGAAGCGUGCUCGUUCUAAUGAAGCUGUGAUCGAUGAAUCGAAGCGGGCUUUCCGAAUUCGACAGCAACUGAGCGACAACACUAACAAAAUAGCAUCAAAGUGGAAAGAAUGGGAUAAGCAGGGCCGUAAGCGGCUGAAGGCAAUGCCGUGA